AUGUCCGACACAAGCCAGUCUCCUGCAUCCGCGACUAACGACAGUCUAGAAGACUCCGCGUCUCUGACACCGACAUUACAAGGCGAACACACCCUAAAACUCGUCGAUGUUCCAGUCCAGUGCAAUUUUGAGCAGCCGUAUAGCAAUGACACUGUCUUGAUCGUUGACUGGGACGGUCCAAAUGACUCCCAGAAUCCUAAAAACUGGAGCGCGAACCGCAAAUGGGCUGCGACCCUGAUUGUAGCAUCGUUUUCUUUUAUGAGUCCAGUUUCUUCCUCCAUGAUCGCUCCCGCGACUGGCCAAGUGGCUUCUACAUUCGGGAUUGACAACGACGCCAUAAAUGCACUCACAACAUCAAUCUUUGUGCUUGCGUACGCGUUCGGGCCCUUGUUUGUGGGCCCAAUGAGUGAGAUUUACGGUCGCUCACGCGUGUUGCAAUUGUCAAAUUUAUGGUAUCUUGCAUGGAAUCUUGCUUGUGGAUUUGCACAGACAGAAUCCCAGCUUCUUGCCUUCCGAUUCCUUGCUGGCCUUGGAGGCAGCGCGCCAUUAUCUAUUGGCGGCGGUGUUCUUGGUGAUUGCUGGCGACCAGAAGAAAGAGGAAGAGCGCUCGCUCUUUACUCUCUAGCGCCGAUGUUGGGAGCUGGCAUAGGGCCUCUCACAGGUGCCUGGAUUGCCGAACGCUCUACCUGGCGAUGGGUGUUUUGGUCUACAUCGAUUAUUGAUGCAGCUGUUCAAAUUCUCGGAGUUUUCUUGCUCCAAGAGACUUACGCGCCCCUUUUGUUGGAAAGGAAAGCAGAGCGCAUUCGCAGAUCGAUGGAUGCCGAAAAAGCGCCGUACAGAGAAAUCCGCACGGUUUUCGAUGGUCAAGAUCGCUCCUGGCAGACAAUCAUGGGCAAAGCACUCGUUCGCCCUUUCGCGCUCUUUUUCCGCGAACCGAUCGUGCAGAUACUCGGUGUUUACAUGGCGUACUUAUACGGGACACAUUAUCGCAAGUCAUUUUUGUUUUCCUCCACCUCAGUCUUUCUGACGACCAUACCAUCGAUAUUUCAGGGUGUAUACCAGCAGCCAGUAGGAAUUGCCGGCCUUCAUUACAUCGCACUUGGCGCAGGGUUGAUGGUGGCGGCACAAGUAAACGCGAGAACGCUGGACAAGGUUUAUGUUUAUUUCAAGAACAAGAAUGGUGGAGUUGGAAAGCCGGAAUUCAGAUUGCUUGCCAUGUUUCCCGGAACUCUGCUACUUCCAAUAGGGUGUUUGAUUGCAGGCUGGACUGCUCAAGCCCGUACUCAUUGGAUAUUUCCAGAUAUAGGCAUCUUGCUUGUAGGAGCAGGCUCCUUUAUCAGUUUCCAGUGUAUACAGGCCUACGUUGUUGAUUGCUUUACGCUUCAUGCCGCUUCCGCGCUGGCCGCCGUCUGCUGCCUGCGGUCACUAGCAGGCUUCGGAUUUCCCUUAUUCGCUCCAGCAAUGUAUGGCGCACUCGGUUUCGGCAAGGGAGAUACCAUUCUUGCAGCCGUAGCAAUCGUGAUUGGCUGUCCCGCACCCUGGAUAUUUUGGUAUUAUGGGGAGCGAAUACGCAACGGCAGUCGAUAUGCGCAAUCGUGA